CAUCAACGGCCACACUGGCACUGAUACUUAUCGAUAUUUAUAAAAUACGAUACAUUUCAUUUUCGAGCAGCAAACGCUCGACGGGCAGCGGUAAUUGUGGAGCGAUAGAAACGCCAGCGCCAUGCCCAUAGACAUAGACGCACGACGACCAAGUGCCAAAAGCGAGAACCGAGCGUGAGCGACUGCCAGGAGCAGGAUCCGUAUCCGGGGUCCAUCCGCUAGUCAAGAGAUCGAACGAGCGAGGGAGCGAGUGAGUGCCAAGCCAAGUUGCAUUUAGUUUGAGCGCCCGACCAACCGACCCCAUUCAAAUCGGCGAAAUGGGCAACAAGAACUCGUGCUGCGCGUACUCCAGUCCGCAGUCGGACCGCAAGUCCAAGGACAUGCCGCCCGUCUUCGAGGAGCGCCACCAGCUGAGUCAUCCGCCGCACACGUCGCAGCACCAGCUGGACGGCCACCAUGGAUCCGCGUCGACGGUGCACCUGCACCACCACCAACACGGCCACAAUCAGCAGCACAACCAGCAGGGCGGCGGCGGUGACAACUAUGAGAACCAGCAGAAUCUGCAGCACAUCUCCGAGCGAGAGGCGCUGGAGGGCGAGGAGGAUCCCUCGGUGGAUCCCACCGCAGCCACCAUGUUCCUGGAACGAUCAAAGGUGGAGAAUGGCGGCAUGACGCGCAAGCGGUCGCAGCAGCAGAUUGCCCAACAGGCGGGCAGCGGCGGAGGAGGCGGUGGCAGUACGCCUGGCGGCAAUAGUUGCGGCGGUGGUGGUGGCAUGAAGAAGAGCUCCUCCUGCUCGACGAUCUAUCUGGACGACAGCACAGUGUCGCAGCCGAAUCUUAAGAAUACGGUCAAGUGCGUCUCGCUGGCCAUUUACUAUCACAUCAAGAAUCGGCAAUCGGACCGGCGGCUGGACAUCUUCGACGAGAAGCUGCAUCCGCUGACCCACGACCAGGUGCCGGAUAACUACGACACGCACAAUCCGGAGCACAGGCAGAUCUACAAGUUCGUGCGCACGCUCUUCAACGCCGCCCAGCUGACGGCCGAGUGUGCGAUCAUCACGCUAGUCUACCUGGAGCGGCUCCUCACCUACGCCGAGCUGGAUGUGGGACCCUGCAACUGGAAGCGCAUGGUGUUGGGUGCCAUUCUGCUCGCCUCGAAGGUGUGGGAUGACCAGGCCGUUUGGAACGUGGAUUACUGCCAGAUACUCAAAGACAUCACCGUGGAGGACAUGAAUGAGCUGGAGCGCCAGUUCCUCGAGCUGCUGCAGUUCAACAUCAAUGUGCCGUCCUCGGUGUACGCCAAAUACUACUUCGACCUGCGCACGCUCGCCGAGGCCAACGAGCUCAACUUCCCCACAGAGCCGCUGUCCAAGGAGCGGGCCCAGAAGCUGGAGGCCAUGUCGCGUGUGAUGCAGGACAAGGUCACCGCCGAGGCCCUCAAGAACGGCAUCAAGAAGUGGUCCUCCAUGGACAACAUCAGUCAGGGCGGGCCGCGACGUAGCGUGGCCAUACUAUCGUGAUUUAUAUUAGCUUACUAAAACCGAACAACCAACAACCAGCAGCAAUGAGCAAUGAGUCAAGAGAUCCAUACUCUGUAGUCCCGUAGUCCGAUCGAACGUUAUUUGAGAACCGUAGCUCUCCGCUGAAUCAGAUUUAGAUUCCGAUUCAGAUUCAGAUACAGAUACAGAUUCAUUUUGUAGGCCACCCGGUUGCGUAAACUUUUCGGGAGGCUUUUUAGCCAGCACACUCUAAAGGAACACCUAAAUACGUGCAGAAUCACAGUCUUAUAUAUACACGAAAAGCGUUUUAACCACACGUCUCGAAUUAAGGACCACUUUUUACAUAUACAUGCGAUCGAUGUAUGUUAGCGAAACUACCGAUGCAGCCAAGGAUUUGGAUGAUGAUUUUAAACAGAGACACAGAAGUACUACAGCAACGCGUAACCAAUUGCCAAACGAAAGAUCCAGAUCAGCAGAUCCGAACAGAACAGUAGAGAAUUGUUUGUACAAAAGGCUUAAAAUUAUAAUAUUGUAUUUGACUUGGCCACCCAGCAGCUGGCAUCCAAUCAAUUUAAUCUCAACGGUUGGCCUCGGCCACGAAAUCGUCAUUUACUUAGCGUCCGCGCCCAAAACAUUUCCCUGUACAUUUGUUACGAAUUUAAUUUGUUUACUUUGCAACCAUUUUCUUAAUAUCCCUACAUGAUUUCGUGUGAUUCUUAUAGUUUCCAUUUAGCUUUAUGCUAUCAACGAUAUUCGGAUAUUCGGCUUCCCCGCGUCUUCAGGCUUCAGGCACAAAAGGAUUUAGGGGGCGUGGCCUGCGGCAAGUUGAUUAGUUGAUUUGUUUUUUGGUUCUUAGCAUUAGGAAAAGGAAAACAAACAAAAUCCGAGCGAGAGUUGGAAGGAGCACAGCGCAAUAUUAACCCAAAAGAUUUGUGAGUAAAUUAAUGUACUAGACAUAUAAGGAUACGAAUUAUAUGCGAAAUGUAUUUUAUUUUGUAAUUUAUUUUACGAUAAAGCUAAAUAAAAGCAAAUCAAAGAAAUACACUUUCUA